AUGACUUUCAAAUGCAGACUGUUGCUUAGAUAUCCAGCGUGCUAAAUCCCCAGCUGUGUUUUGUGUGAAAAAAGGGUGGUACUGGAAAUGUGGAGCCAAUUUUAACACUGCUUAAAAUCAGCAACAUCAUAACAAGCCGGAGCUCACUGUUCAAUAUGACUGAGAGGAUCCGGAGCAAAGGGGCUGGCAGAGACGCUUUUGGGGAGACCAAUGAAGAAUUUCAAUCAGACGAGGGUCAGCAGAAGAGCUCUGGAUUCUGUGGGAUUCUUCUCACCGCUCUUUCAUUUCUUCUCAUUCUGGCCACAUUCCCAAUCUCUGUAUGGAGCUGCAUGAAGAUUGUCAAGGAAUAUGAGAGAGCAGUUAUUUUCCGUUUAGGGCGACUCCUGGGUGGAGCAAAAGGACCUGGAAUAUUUUGGAUUCUACCAUGUGUAGACACCUUUCGGAAAGUGGACCUGAGGACAGUAUCCUUUAACAUUCCUCCACAGGAGGUGUUGACCAAAGACUCGGUGACGAUCAUGGUGGAUGGGGUGGUGUAUUACCGAGUUUUUAACCCAACAGUGUCCAUAACCAAAGUGGAGGAUGCCAAUAUGGCCACACAGAUGCUGGCCCAGACCACCCUCAGGAACAUGCUGGGUACCAAGAGCUUGGCUGACAUCUUGCGAGACCGUGAGGAGAUGGCAGAACAAAUGGAGGAGGUUAUUUACUCAGCAUCUAAGAACUGGGGUAUUAAAGUGGAGCGGGUGGAGCUGAAGGACGUUAAACUGCCCCACACUCUACAAAGGGCCAUGGCUGCUGAGGCUGAGGCCACCAGAGAGGCGAGGGCUAAGGUGAUAGCAGCAGAGGGAGAAAUGAAAGCGUCCUGUGCUCUGAAGGAAGCGGCAAAUGUCAUGUCCGAGUCUCCGGCGGCUCUGCAGCUGCGCUACCUGCAGACCCUGGCUGAAAUCGCCACAGAGAGGAACUCCACGGUGGUCUUCCCCAUUCCUAUGGACCUCAUCAGCACCUUCAUUAAGAAGUGAACCUUGAUCAGAACAUAUAUGUAAAUAGACUAGUGCACACCAUAUUAUACGACAAAGCAAGUAAAAAUAAUAUAAAAGAGUCUGUGAAUUUCACCUCUAGUUCAUUUGAUAAUAUCUGUUGAGGCCUUAAGUGAGAAAUGCAGAACUUCGAAUGGCAAAUUGUACUAAAACUGUGUAGUUACAAUGUAAUCGAGUGGUUAAUACUAGGUCAAGUUCUGUUGUACACAUGUGUCCUUUACUCCAAGCUCUUAGUGUUAAACCCAGAAAACAUAGUACAUAAAGCUGGACAGUGGUUCUCCAGGGUCACUGAACUAAGGGGCAGGUAGAGAUCCACUGGAGCUGGACUGGAAUGGAAAUGUAAAGAAACACUGACAACAGUGAAUAAAACAUACUUGUAAUAUAACAGUAACUGGAUCAUUUAAAGCCCUUAAUUCGUCUUUUCUAAAUGUAUUUAUUCAAUGUCUGUAUAUUUUCAGAAAACAUUUUUUUCCUAAUGCUUUAGAACUAACAAUUGUAUAUUUAUGUCAAUAUAUGUAAUAGACUGAACUAAAAUGACAAUAUAACUGCAUAUACAGUAAAUGCAUAUAUACAAAUGAU